CAUGAUUUCAGUAGGAGAGAGGAGCAGGUGACGGUGUUUCAGACCAGAGAGAGACGGGGCAAGAGAAGCAGGACUGGGAGAGGGGCGGAUACCUAAAACACCUACCUACACCAUCCGACCGACAGCAGCAGCUGCUUUCCCUCAAAACACUAUGAUGGAGGACGCUAUGCACAAUGAAAAUAUAGGAUGGAUGCCGUACCUCGUGGCCUUGUCACAAGUACUGGGAGUGGCUGCUCUGGCAAUGACUGGGGCCUGGUUUGCACACUUCAGGGGUGGCUUUUCCUGGGAUGGUGACCAACAAUUCAAUGUCCAUCCACUGUGCAUGGUGCUAGGAAUGGUGUUUCUUUGUGGUGAAUCACUGCUGGUUUACCGGGUCUUUAGACACGAAACAAAAAGAGCGACCAAGAUCCUGCACGCAGUCCUACAUGUCUUGGCUCUGUUCAUCUCAUUAGUGGGAAUUAUUGCUGUGUUCCAAUUCCACAAGAAGAAGAAAAUUGCUGACCUGUACAGCUUACACAGUUGGUGUGGAAUUGCCUCAUUUACUGUUUAUAUCUUUCAGUGGAUUGCUGGAUUCAUCCUGUUUCUUGUUCCUGUUGUGGGUCUCACGUACAGGAGUCAGUAUAAGUCUAUCCAUGUCUUCUUCGGUCUGGCUCUUUUAAUCUGCUCCAUCGCUACAUCCUUGUUGGGAAUAACUGAGAAACUGCUCUUCAGCAUCCCUGAUCAAUACUCAAUGCUUCCAUCAGAGGGAGCCCUUGCAAAUUCGUUGGGUUUGAUUUUGGUGGCAUUUGGGUUGGUGAUUGGCUACAUUGUGACAAGAGAUGAAUGGAAGCGCCAACCACUUCCAGAGGAACAAGCUUUAUCCAUUGACUUCAAGACAACAGAAGGAGAGAGUCCUUCUGAGCCAUGA